GGAGGGGGUUGUUCUCCCAGCCUUCUCUUGGGAACGCUAACGGGUUUUGGUGGCUGCGCCGCGGACUCCUGGACCAUAGCGUUUCUGACCAGUGGGCUUACUCCAGAUCUUCCUCCCCUUUGCCAAUUACCGGAUGAUGCUGAGUCGGGGCAAGGGAAGGUUCGGGGGACCCUCGAGGGAGGGGGUGACCGUGGGGGCUCCAGAAGUAGAACCCGAACCCUUUGCCUCCAAGCCCGAGCCCGAACCCGGCCUGGACCUGAGUCUGAGCCCAGGCCCGAGGAGCCCCGAGCCGCCCUGCUCCAUCCUCCGGCUGGGGGGAGCCAGGUCCGGGGGCCGGAGAGGACAGCAAAGAGCGCGGCAGGUUCGCUUCCACCUGGCUUCCCCGUGUCAGUCUCCCGCUUCCAGCGUGUCCCCGCCACGGGGGAGGAUACCCACAGACGAACCUUUGGAGAAGUGUGAAGCCUUACCACACCUCGUAGCCCCAGGGCUUCAAAGUACCCUGGCCCUGGGGCAACAACUAGAGUCCCUUAGGGAGGUCACAGCCUUGGGGCAGUUUGAUGCCCUGAAGGCUGCAGAGGAGCAGUUGAAAAGUUCAUUCUUAAGUCGCUGUGAGAUGGAGGAAAACGUGUCGGAGGGGUUGAACAUGCCUAGAUCCCAGCGGCUCUACCGGGACCUGGUGAGCCUGCAGGUGCCAAAGGAGCAAGUGUUGAAUGCUGCGUUGAUGGAAAGACUGGCCUUGCUUCCAUCACAGCCUCAGGUCCCAAUCCACAAGAUAAAGGAGGUUCCUGCGGCAGGUCCAGAACUAAGCAUCUUAUGUGAUCCCCAAUCACUGGCCCAUGAGUCUCCACACUUAAUGCUUGAAGGGUUCCCACUCUUGAAGCUAAAGCCACAGACCCGUCCUGCAGAGGAUACCUUCCUCAUGCAUCAGACUCUCAGACGGUGGGAUACAUAGUAUUACAGAAUUGUCUUCACUUUUAUUUUUGUUGUGGUGGGAAGGGUGCACAUAUUGGUAUUGUCCUUUACAUUGGGUUUUAUAGAAAUAAAGUUUUUUGAUAAGUGAACUUUUUUUCUGAGGAUUUGGAAAAGGUUGGUAAUCAGUAAGGCUUAGCCUAAUAAGAGCCUAAGAACAGCUCUUGAAAACUUUCUCUUAUUGAGUGCUACUGUGCUACUCCCAUAGGGUUUGAACCUUCCAGGGGAAGGGGUGAGAAAAGCAACAUGAAGAUGGGAAAUGGUGUGAAGAUAGCUUCCCCCUUACCCAAAAAGGAUCCUAGUAAUCUCUCUUUUAUAUGAAAUAGGAGUGGGAAGAUAUAAAGGUUGAUUUCCUCUCCGGUUAUUGGAUUUAAAAGUAUUGUAUGUUCUGUUUUCUUCUUGUGCAUGGCCACAUUUGAGGCUAUGGGAUCUCCUUCAGCAGAGGACAACCUAAUGUCACUUUCCCUUGUAGAGUUUUGGGACAUGUGACUACUUGCAGAAAAAGUAGAGUUCUCCACACCUCCCUAGUCAAUAAAAGCCCUACUCUUUUACAGGA